AUGCGCAUUGCUACCAUUGCCGUCGCCCUAACUGCCGUCUCGGCGGCCACCGCGUACCAACAUCCCAGCAAGGUCCGUCGCGGCGAGACUCCCGACGGCAAAGUCGCGCCCGGCACCACGGACCAGUGCACAUACUACUUUACCACAGCGUCCAAGGACGACACCUGCAGCUUCAUCGAAGGCUAUUGGGGCAUCAGCCACAAGAACUUUGUCGAAUGGAAUCCCGCCGUCAAGGAUGACUGCUCCGGCAUCCAGAUUGGCUAUUCCUACUGCGUCGACGUCAACCACGGCGGAACCAUUACCUCGCCGCCAACGUCGACGCUCCCGCCCGUGCCAUCACCUACACUCGACGGCAUCGCCAAGGACUGCGACAAGUACCACCUGAUUGUCAAGGGCGACACGUGCGCCGGCGUCACGCAAAAGUACGGCAUCUCCAUGGACCAGCUCGUCGCGUGGAACAAGGCCGUCGACAAGGACUGCAACGGCUUCUGGGCCGCGUACUACAUUUGCGUGCACGUCGUCGGCGCGGGCACCACAUCGCCCGGGACCCCGACGCCCACCAGCGACCCGGUGCCGUCACCGCAUCAGACGGGCAUUGCUAAAGAGUGCGACAAGUUUUACCUAGUCACCAAGGGGGACACGUGCGACGGUGUGACGGCCAAGUUUGGCAUCUCCAAGGCUCAGCUCAUCCACCCGCCCACGUCGACGGGCCCGACGGCGCCCGGCCCCACGCAGUCGGGCAUCACAAAGGACUGCCGCGACUGGUACGUCGCCAAGUCGGGCGACUACUGCGACAAGAUUGUGCAGGGCUACUCCAACCUUGACAAGGACACGUUUAUCCAGUGGAACCCGGCCGUGGGCAAGGACUGCUCCUCCAUCUGGGUAAAGUACGCCUACUGUGUCGGAACCAAGAGUAAACCCGCCAAGCCGGUUACGCCGCCGACAGAGUGUGCGACGCCUCAUCCCACGCCCACGCAACCUGGCGCCAUUUGCAAGUGCAAAAAGUGGCAUCUCGUAAAGGACGGCGACAACUGCUGGGCGCUCAGCCAAAAGUACAACAUCUCCGAGGAUGACAUCAAAAAGUGGAAUCCCGGCACUCAAUGUAACCUCUGGGCCAAGUACAAUGUCUGUGUUGGAGCCUAG